GAGGAGGCGUUGGCAGCGGGCAGGGACCCACGCGGCGCGCGGCCCGCCUGGCCUGCAGCGUUCCCACCCCUGGCGGCGGCGGCACCAUGCCCUUUGACUUCAGGAGGUUUGACAUCUACAGGAAGGUGCCCAAGGACCUUACGCAGCCGACGUACACCGGGGCUAUUAUCUCUAUCUGCUGCUGUCUCUUCAUCCUCUUCCUCUUCCUUUCGGAGCUCACCGGAUUUAUAACGACAGAAGUCGUGAACGAGCUCUACGUCGAUGACCCAGACAAGGACAGUGGCGGCAAAAUCGACGUCAGCCUGAACAUCAGUUUACCCAAUUUGCACUGCGAAUUGGUCGGGCUCGACAUACAGGAUGAGAUGGGCAGGCACGAAGUGGGGCACAUCGACAACUCGAUGAAGAUCCCGCUGAACAACGGGGCAGGCUGCCGCUUCGAGGGACAGUUCAGCAUCAACAAGGUCCCGGGCAACUUCCACGUGUCCACACACAGUGCCACAGCCCAGCCACAGAACCCAGACAUGACCCAUGUCAUCCACAAGCUCUCCUUUGGGGACACGCUACAGGUCCAGAAUGUCCACGGAGCUUUCAAUGCUCUUGGGGGAGCAGACAGACUCACCUCCAACCCCCUUGCCUCCCACGACUACAUCCUGAAGAUCGUGCCCACGGUUUACGAGGACAAGAGUGGCAAGCAGCGGUACUCUUACCAGUACACGGUGGCCAACAAGGAGUACGUCGCCUACAGCCACACGGGCCGCAUCAUCCCUGCCAUCUGGUUCCGCUACGACCUCAGCCCCAUCACGGUCAAGUACACGGAGAGACGGCAGCCUCUGUACAGGUUCAUCACCACGAUCUGUGCCAUCAUUGGUGGGACCUUCACUGUUGCCGGCAUUCUGGACUCAUGUAUCUUCACAGCCUCAGAGGCCUGGAAGAAGAUUCAGCUGGGCAAGAUGCAUUGACAACCCGCCCAGCCCCAUGGCCGAGAACCCAGGGAGACCGCCAGCCCUGCCUCCAGCGCCCUGUCCCCUCCUGCCCUCUAUCUGGCCGAGGAUCUGGCUGUGUCCCAAAGUGGUGGUGUAGGAGGUGGGGGUGGCUCAUGGUUUCGCAGCUACCUCUUUUCCCCGAGUUUAAUUUUAGACGAAUUACGCUGCCUGAAGUAGUGGUGCCCCUUUCUCUGUAGAGCCCCAAGAUCAGAGUCAGGCAAGGGGGGCUCAGGGAUAUUGGGGACCACUCCUGAGGGCUGCAGUCCCUUUCCUCUUAGGAGAACAGCCCAGAAUC